AAUUAUGGCUUUUUACCAUUUACAAAGACUGUUUUGGAUAGAUGAAAUGUUCAUUUUGAUUAGGAAAGUAUGAGUUGUAGAUAUUUGUUUCGAACAGCCCGUCUAAUAUGUGGUAAGUUUGCUUGCUUUAUUUCAUCGAAGGAUGGCGGUUGCCGUAUUUUUUAUUUUUAUAUAGUUUAUAUCAUAUAUGUUUAUUUUUAUUCAUCAUUUUGCGAUUUGGUGGUGUCACAAAGUUGCACAACCAGUGAAACCGUGGAAACGACUGCGCCCUACGGUACGUACACGCUUUCGUCUACGUCACCACGUAAGGUGGUGCACUUCCUGGACUUGCGGUGCUCAUUAAUCAAUACAGCUAAAAGGAAUGAUAUUCGUUUUGACGAGAAGCUGGGCAGGCUCGKUUCGUUUGGCUUUGACUCUCUUCGGACUCCCAUAUACAUUCUGUACCUCCGGGAUAUUAAGGCCUGGGAUCUCUUGCUCAUUUCCUCCUCCCACCAGAACCAGUGUAAUUACACCAUUCACUGCCAGCUACUGUAGCCUUUACACGACCAGUACCAGUUCAAUGCCAUCCUCAAAAGCACCACACGUAAAGUCCAGAAGCCCCUUGUAUCCGGGGUCCAGCRUCCAGCGCUUUCCUGUACCUGAUGAUAAGGUGGACUGGAGUCAGGCGUGGGACCAGUAUGAUCCGGUCAGCUACACCCACCCUUCAGUUCUGAAUAAGCCAGUCUGGGCAGAUCCUGAUAUUGGCUCGUUCUCUCCGAAGUUUAACGCUGUGGACGGUGCUGUGGACAGGACAAGCUUUGAGGGAAGCUACCGAGUGGAAAACGGAAAGCCACUAAAUCCUCUCGGACGCACAGGUUUGACUGAAAGAGGUUUGUUAGGACGAUGGGGACCCAAUCAUGCAGCAGAUCCUGUUGUUACAAGAUGGAAAGUUGAUGAAAGUGGAGCGAAGCUGCAUCACCCCGUGUCCAAACGGCCCAUUCUGCAGUUUGUGUCCAUCAAGAGGAAGGACUGCGGGGAGUGGGCAAUUCCUGGGGGGAUGGUGGAUCCAGGGGAGCAAAUUUCUCAGACGUUGCAGCGAGAGUUCUCGGAGGAGGCGCUCAACUCGCUUUCAGUGGCAGCGGCAGAGAAAACAGAAAUCCACAAACGUGUCACCAAACUCUUUCAGUCUGCAGGGUUCCAGGUGUAUAAAGGCUAUGUUGACGAUCCAAGAAACACCGACAAUGCUUGGAUGGAGACAGUUGCUGUCAACUUUCAUGAUGAAGCAGGUGACAGCGUGAGCGAGCUGCCGCUGCAAGCUGGUGAUGACGCAGGACAUGUCCAGUGGGUCGACAUUGACUCGUCAUUCACGCUCUAUGCGAGUCACUCCAGUUUCCUGCAACUGGUUGCCAAAGAAAGGAAAGCUCACUGGUAGCCAAAGAGAAAAAUACCGACCUGAUAUUACACUCAGGCAAAUGAGAGCCUUAAGAUCUCUUAUGUAACCUCUUAUAUGAACCUCCCCUCACUAAUUUGUUCAUGAUAAUCAGAUGUAAUACUAGAAACCUAAUCUGCAUUUAUUAAAUUAGCAUUAUAAUGCAAGAACAAACUGUGAUUCUGAGYGUAAUAUAUGCUGCAGUUAUGGCAACAGGAGAAGGAUUCAAAAUGAAAACAGCUGAGCCUUACUUCAUCACUGGUCAAUGGACUGGGUUUAUUUUUCGCAUUGACAUGUUUUUGUCGUCAAGCUGAGUUUACAGAAUCUUUGAGAAUUGAUGAGGAUGACCAGCAAGGCUCUUCCAGGAAGAGAAGGACCUGGGCUUAUUGGGCUUAUUAAGUUGGAACCCUCUUUACAAGAAAAACACUAAUUGAAUUAGAGCCAGUCCCUGGGAGGCGCCACAAAUCCAAUCAGGCUGCUUUGUUUCCUUUCAUUGCUUCUCAGGCUKCAGCAUUUGCCUGUAUGACUUGAAAUUCAAGUGAUAACACAUUUGAUCCCUGUAUCGACGAGA